GCUAUUUUUAUGAUUCCUACAAAUCCCCCUCCAACUUUCCGGAAGCCAGAGCUCUGGUCUGAUGAAUUCACAGAUUUUGUGAAGAAAUGUUUGGUGAAAAAUCCUGAACAAAGAGCUACAGCAACACAACUGCUGCAGCAUACGUUUAUUAAGAAUGCCAAGCCAGUUUCAAUUUUAAGGGACCUGAUCACUGAAGCUAUGGAGAUAAAGGCAAAGCGACAUGAGGAACAGCAGAGAGAACUAGAAGAGGAAGAAGAAAAUUCAGAUGAAGAUGAACUGGACUCUCACACCAUGGUGAAGACCAAUUCAGAGAGUGCUGGUACCAUGAGGGCCACAAGUACGAUGAGUGAAGGAGCUCAGACAAUGAUUGAACACAACAGCACCAUGUUAGAAUCUGACUUAGGGACCAUGGUAAUAAAUAGCGAUGAUGAUGAGGAGGAAGAUGGGACCAUGAAAAGAAAUGCUACUUCACCGCAAGUUCAAAGACCAUCUUUCAUGGACUACUUUGAUAAACAAGAUUCCAAGAAUAAAAGCCCUGAAAACUGUAAUCAGAACAUGCACGAACCUUACCACAUAUCCAAAAACGUUUUUCCUGAUAACUGGAAAGUCCCUCAAGAUGGAGAUUUUGAUUUC